AUGAUGAACGAGCGUCCUGGAACCAUUCCUGCCGCUAUGCAGUCCCAUCCACGCCGCCCACCAGCCCACCAGUCCGUCUCACUCCGCCACAGCCCGCCGGCCUCGUCGAAGCGGAAAGUCAAAGCCUCGACUACAACACAGAGCUCGCCCAACCUGGCCAGCGACAAGGCCAAUCCGCCAUCGAGCGUCUCGCCACAGCUGCUCUCCAACAAGGCCAGUUCUGGCGAGAGCAGCGACGCCGGCCAGUGGUUUGAGAAGACGAACAACACGGCCAGCCACGGCAAGUCUUCGUUUGUCGACAAUGAGCCGCCUUUCUUCCUCCAAAACUCGUCCUCGUCAGAGACACCGCCCGAGAACUUGCAGUAUGCCCACGCACACCCUGCUAUCCCAUACCGCCCCGGCCUGGGCCAGAUGGGCACCGACGGCAGCAGCACUGAAGACUUUCGAAGCGUAAUCGACGACCUGACGGUUGCGAACAAGAAACUCAAGCAGAAGCUGCGCAAGUACGAGAAGCUCUACGACGCCCACCUGCAAGAAGAGAAGCUGUUCGAGGUUAGGUUCCACGGGCUGCCAGACCACAAGAAGAAGGAGCUCGAGGAGACUCUGCGCAAGUUCGCUUCCGAGCUCGACGAAGGCACUGGCAAUGAGUACGCCGACAUCUCCGGAUACACCCCAGUCCUCCAGACACACAACACGGCGUCUUCGACCUCGCGCUUCGCCGAGUCGGGCUAUGCCUCCCUCUCCACCUCUGGCCAGAACUCGUCGGCAACCAACCAAGACAACGACCGUCGCAAGAUGACCAAGUCCGCAUACAGCCGCCAACAACAAACGAUCCAGUCGUACCUUCAUGACAUUCCCAUGGGCCUGUUGCCAAACACCAGGAGCGUCCCAAUGACGGACAAGUCCAAGAAGAAGAUGGUCGUACGUCGUUUGGAGCAAAUCUUCGCUGGCAAGCGAUCGGCAGCCGGCUCUCACCCCCAGCAGAUGCAGCAGCAGGAGGUAGCUCAGUCGGCAGCUACCGCGGACCGUGAGCAGCUCGAAGCAACCGGACAAAACUCCAAGCCCGAGGGUCAGCGCGAGGCACGCAUCAGGAAUGAUCGCAGUGCCGUUGCUGCUACCGAAGAGAACGAUACGCCCCAGGAACAAGUUAUCCAGGGAUUCCGCCCCAGUCUACACAUUGAGGAACACGACUUUGCCGGCUCAGGCUCAUCCCCCAAUCAACGACCUACGCGGCCGCUCGACUUGGAUCCUUACCGUGCUCAGGUGCCUGCCGAGAACAUGAACUACAUCCGCCAUCUUGGAUUCUCCCCACCAGACAUGGAGUCUGGAGAAGCACCUCUUGGCCAUGGGUGGAUAUACCUUAACCUGCUCAUCAACAUGGCACAACUGCACACUCUCAACGUCACCCCCGAAUUUGUCAAGGAUGCCCUGCACGAAUACAGUAGUCAUCUCGAAAUGUCUCGUGAUGGACGCAAGAUUCGAUGGACGGGCGGUCUUGACGUCACCAAGCACAGCGGCGGCAGCUCGUCGGAGCAUUGGAGCGGUGCCUCACCAAACGAGACAGGCUCCCUUUCGCCGUUCAAGCGCAUGAAGACGGGCACCAGCGGCACCAGCAGCGAUAAGCUUGACGAAUUCGAGAAAGCAAAACGACAGGCUCGGAUGCGGCGCGAGAAGGAGCAGAACAAGUUUGCCUACAAACCUCUCUUCUUCCACAAGGACGACUCGGAGAACGAGGACGACUACUACGCCUUCGACGCGGAAUCUUCAGCCAAUUAUUCUUCUCAGCCACAUCCUGCCGGAAACUCUUCGGGCUUUAGUAGUUCGAUUAUGCAGAGCUCUAGUUCGAGGCCGAGGAGACGUGACGACGGUCCUAUGAUCUUCUACACCAAGGCCAAGUUUUGCACGGAUCUGAGCGGAGACCGUAACGGUGCUUUCCUCACUAUGCCUGGUAAUUACCAACCCAUCACAACCCAGCCUCUUGGCGCCAAACAGACCACAUCCCCACAGGCCACGACACCCAUGGAUCUAUCCGAGCCCCGAGGCCCUCUGGACACUACGCCCAUGGACGUUGACUCCAUGGCUGGUUCACGCACCAUUCAAAGUGUCGACGACCUAGGCUUUUCGCCUGAGGCUUUGAGGGACGACAGUGGGAACACUUCCCCUGAACUCAUGGAUUUCGAGGCCUCUGGUCUAGGCGGUGUGCAGCCAGAAGACAACUUCUCUAUUCAUGUGAGAAGAUCACAGGUUCCUACCGCGCCAUCGCAUGGCGCUGCACGGAGGAUGUCACACUUGUACCCCAAGGCUAUCCAGGAUGCACUCAACUCCCGCCUCCACUCUAAAUCCCCCGAAGUCGAAUCUCCGCGAUCGAGUCCGCACAGGGUAAUUGAAGAGAGGAUUCUUUCCGCAUCCCGAAAAAACCUACCGUCGUCCACGCUCCCACCCGCAUCGUUCCUGCCCUUCGACUCCUGCUCCUCCGGCGACGUAGACAGCGAUUUUGCAUCCGAUGCGUCUUCGGAGCCCGACAGCGACAGCGAUUCUGGGGGGCCCGCGACGGCUAUGCAGAUUUUGAACAUUGACCCUGAUGAAUCAGAGGACAGCGAAUCAGAAUACGAAGAGAGCGACGAUGGGUCCGUGGACUUGUUGGCGACAGCAAGAAAGCAAGAUCCUACGGCUGUAAGGGCGAGCGAGAGGGAGUACGACGCUGCGCUUGCGGAUCGUCUUGCCGAGGAGAUCCCCGCAGGGAGUAGCGCGGCAACGGCUGGGGGUGGAAGUGGAUUCAACUCACCUAUUGGUGGCGUUGGUGGCAGCGGAAACCGCGAGGCUAGCACCAAUGCUAACCAACUUGCAAAGAAGCCGAGCAUGGCUGGUAGUAGUGCUGCGAGUCAAAGCAGCAUGGGUGGAACUGGAGGACAAGGGCAAGGACAACAUCAUCCCCCGGGAAACUUGAAGAGGGCGAGGACAAGUGAGGGCUUUAAUAAUCAGCCGCCCAAGAAGAGUCCCAAGACGAGGAGAAUGGAAGAGUAA